AUGGGGGCCAUGUUCCGCAGCGAAGAGAUGGCCUUGUGCCAGCUCUUCAUCCAGCCUGAGGCGGCAUACACAUCCGUCUCUGAGUUGGGAGAAGCCGGCAGUGUGCAGUUUAGAGAUCUUAACCCAGACGUGAACGCGUUCCAGCGUAAAUUCGUAAAUGAAGUGCGUCGCUGCGAUGAAAUGGAACGCAAGCUUCGAUACAUCGAGGCUGAAGUACAUAAGGAUGGAGUGCACAUACCUGCCGUCAAAGAGGCCCCCAGAGCCCCCAACCCGAGGGAAAUCAUCGAUCUUGAGGCCCACUUAGAGAAGACAGAGAACGAAAUUCUAGAGCUGUCGCACAACGCGGUCAACUUGAAGCAGAACUAUUUGGAGCUGACAGAACUCCGUCAUGUGCUGGAGAAGACCGAGGCAUUCUUCAUCGCGCAGGAGGAGAUCGGCAUGGACUCCAUGACCAAGUCGCUGAUAUCAGACGAGACAGGUCAACAAGCGGCGACGCGUGGUCGCCUGGGCUUCGUGGCAGGAGUCGUGAAUCGCGAGAGAGUGCCCGCCUUCGAACGUAUGUUGUGGCGUAUCUCCAGGGGUAACGUCUUCCUCAGGCGCGCAGAACUUGACAAGCCAUUGGAGGACCCCGCCACGGGUAAUGAGAUCUACAAGACGGUGUUCGUGGCAUUCUUCCAAGGAGAGCAACUGAAGUCUCGUAUCAAGAAGGUGUGCUCUGGGUUCCACGCGUCGCUGUACCCCUGCCCACCCUCCAACACUGAGAGGCAGGACAUGGUCAAGGGAGUUCGCACAAGACUUGAAGAUCUUAACAUGGUGCUGAACCAAACCAGCGACCACAGGCAGAGAGUACUAGCCAGCGUGGCGAAGGAACUGGCCAGCUGGACUAUCAUGGUUCGCAAGAUGAAAGCCAUCUACCAUACUCUGAACCUCUUCAACAUGGACGUCACCAAGAAGUGCCUCAUCGGCGAGUGCUGGGUGCCCACCCAGGACCUGCCCAAUGUUCAGAAGGCCUUGGCUGACGGAUCUAACGCUUGCGGCAGUUCUAUCCCAUCAUUCCUGAACUGUAUCGAGACGGACGAGGAGCCGCCGACCUUCAACCGCACCAACCGCUUCACUCGCGGCUUCCAGAACCUCAUCGACUCGUACGGAGUCGCCUCCUACAGGGAAUGCAACCCUGCGUUGUACACGACCAUAACCUUCCCGUUCCUGUUCGCGGUGAUGUUCGGAGACUUGGGCCACGGCUGUAUCAUGGCACUGUUCGGAGCUUGGAUGGUCUGCAAGGAAGUCUCCCUCGGCGCCAAGAAGUCCAACAACGAAAUCUGGAACAUUUUCUUCGCCGGUCGUUACAUCAUUCUUCUCAUGGGUUGCUUUUCAAUGUAUACUGGAUUGGUCUAUAACGAUAUCUUCUCGAAGUCCAUGAACAUCUUCGGUUCGUCGUGGAGUAUUCCCUAUGACAAUGACACUAUGGAACACAAUGCAGCGUUGACUUUGGACCCGAAGGAAGCUUACAAUAACAAUCCGUACUUCAUCGGUAUUGAUCCUGUUUGGCAGAGCGCUGACAACAAGAUCAUCUUCUUGAACUCGUACAAAAUGAAGCUGUCCAUUAUUUUCGGUGUGUUACACAUGAUCUUCGGUGUCUGCAUGAGUGUCGUUAACUACAACUUCUUCCGUCGCCGCUAUUCCAUCGUGUUGGAGUUCCUGCCGCAAGUGAUCUUCCUGUGUCUGCUCUUCUUGUACAUGGUCUUCAUGAUGUUCUACAAGUGGGUCGCCUACAGCGCCUUCUCCGAUGAACAAGCAUACACCCCGGGUUGCGCGCCAUCAGUCCUGAUUCUGUUCAUCAACAUGAUGUUGUUCUCGAGCACGCCGCCCCCCGAGGGAUGCAACGAGUACAUGUUCGAGGCGCAGGCCUCCAUACAGAGAGUGUUUGUUCUCAUCGCACUCUGCUGCAUCCCCGUCAUGUUACUCGGCAAGCCACUCUACCUGCUCGCUGCUGGCAAGAAGAAGAAGGAAGCCAAGCCUGAACACUCAAACGGCAGCGUGAACCCUGGCAUAGAAAUGCAGGAGCAGACUGACAUCGGCGACGGCGCGCCCAAACCUGAAGCUAAGCCGGCCGCCUCGGGACACGACCACGAGGACGAGCCAUUCAGCGAGAUCAUGAUCCACCAAGCCAUCCACACUAUUGAAUACGUCCUCAGUACCAUCUCUCACACAGCCUCCUACCUUCGAUUGUGGGCUCUCUCGCUUGCUCACGCAGAACUGUCGGAGGUGCUGUGGAACAUGGUGUUGACGUUCGGUCUGAAGGACCACGACUACAUCGGCGGCAUCAAGCUGUACGUGGCCUUCUGCUUCUGGGCGCUGUUCACACUCGCCAUCCUCGUCAUGAUGGAGGGACUCUCCGCCUUCCUUCACACACUGCGUUUGCACUGGGUGGAGUUUAUGAGCAAGUUCUACUCGGGUCUGGGUUACAUCUUCCAGCCAUUCUGCUUCAAGACCAUCUUAGAACAAGAAGAAAACAAAGACGAUUAA